AUUAGUUAAUUCAACAAAUUAAUUUUUCUAAAAACAAGUAACUUGUAAACAGACCUCAUCGCAAUCCGUUCCUCGAUAGCCUAUAAUAGCCAAUAAUAAUACUGAUUUCAUUAUUACGAUAUUAUUAGUUGGGGAAACUGAUUCUCGAAGGAGAAUCAGUCUGCGAAAACUACUCAACCGGCUAAACAAAACGGUGCUUGUUAUAAAUCUUUAGAUUAAUUUACUUUUGUUGACAAUUAAAGUAAUUGUUUAGUCACUUUAGUCAUGUCGUUUAGUGAACUUGAAGAAGUUAUAGAGUUGAAGUUUGGUGAAAUUAAAAAAUAUGUGAGAUCAAUUGGAAUAAGAUUGGAGAGAGUAGGGACGGACGCUUCAUCCGAGGAACUACCCAAAUUGGAUCGAUUAGUGGACAAAGCAAAAAAAUUGGUGUUGGACACAAACAUGUCCAUGCGUAAAAUCGAGCUGGAUUCAAGAGACGAAAGCAUUAAGAGACGAAAGAAGUUAGCAAAAGAACUUGGAGAGCUAUUGGUCAAGUUCCGUGAAUCCAUGUGGUCUGUUAUUAAAAAGAAACAUAAUCUGAUGUCUGCCGAAUCUGACCAGCCUCCUCGGAGGAAAUUGAAUCUCUCCGACAUUCCGGAUGGUACUGCAAUCUACAUGAUUGAAAAAAUUGAUGGCUGUUACACCGCCUCCGCCAAUCAAAAAGACGAGCUUCUCGAAAUGAAAGGUGUCGAACCGAACCGUGUUCUGCUACAAUUAUACAGAGAUGCAUUAUUUCGACCGAGAGAGUUAAUAUAUGGAGAGUCCUCCCUCCGAGAUAAGUUUUUAUGGGCAAAACUUAUCUCGUGAAUGGGGCGUCGUGUAGUUAUUCCGAUAAAUGGGAAAUCACAUUGUAUGCUGAUAAGAUCGAGGUGAUUGACCCUUUACUUUUUGGUGCUUCCUUCAAGAGUGCGACAGCAUUAAAAAGUUAUACUAGAGAUUACAAGGAAGCAAAGUGCUCAAUGAAACCAAAAACUGUUAAGAAACUCUUCUCCCCUCACUGGGAUAUGAUAAAUUCUGCUAUUAACUCCGCAACAGACGGCGUCCUCGAUAUUGUUGGAAAAGAAGACGAAGUGUGCCUUGCAAUAGGUGAACCAGAGAAAAAGAAACGAAAAUCUAGAGGAACGGUCGGCAAAUUGGGAUGCGAUUUAUGUGAUUAUCGAUGUGAUUACCCUUCAGAUAUGAAUAAGCAUAAGUUGAGUCACAACGAUGAGAGGCUUUUUGUGUGUGAAAGCUGUGACAAGGGGUUUACACAAAAUUCAACUUUGCUUCAACACGUGAAAAAUGGAUGCACUAUCGCAGGGAAAGGUAGGAAGACCGGAUUCAAACAGAUUGAACAAAUUAGACAAGGCGUCGUUCCAUCGUCUGCGCCCACUCGAGGUUCACCUGCCAACGCCGAAGUUGAUGAACUGAGGAAGGAGAACGCGACACUCAAGACAAGUUUGAAACAGAAGAACGAGACCAUCAUCUUCUUAACUCUAAAAGUUGCCGAGUUGGAGAAAAAGUUGGCAAAAAGAAACCCACUUUUGAAUGUGCAAAAUACAAACCCAGUGCAGCCUAGGAUUCCAUUUUCUCAGAAAAGAGCACACUCACAGACUGAUAACAAUACAAAAUAUAAUAAAAAAUCAUCAACGAGCAACGAAAAUAGUCAUCAAUAAUAAAAGUAAUGAAAUAAAUACUAAAAGUAAUGAAA